UGGAGGAUGCGCCCUCUAGCGGCGGCGGUGGGGAGGUGGGGGGGCGCUAUCGGCGACUAAAUCGGUGGUCGCCCUCUGGUGGACGAGAGAGAGAGACUCAGCCACCGCCGAACGCAAGGAGAACGAGGAAGCAGAGGGCCCGAGAAUCGGGAACGCAGGAGGCAGACGCUCGGAGUGAGUGGAGAGAGUGGUGGGGGGUCGUGGUGGUGGUGGUGCAGGAGAAUCCCAGCGAAACCAGGGGCAGCGAAACCCGCGCAAAAAAAAAACCCAGCCAGCCUUCAAGCAGCAGCAGCCGCAACAGCAACAGCAGCAGCCAUGGAGGAGAUGACCAGGCGCCUUCAGGACAGCGGCUACAAGCGUUGGCUGUGCGCCGGUCACUGCCUCGGCCUGCUGAGGGACGCUCUCGUCCCCUUCACGGAGGCCGAGGCGCGACGCUUCCACCGCCGCCUGGCGCAGCGCCUGGGCCCCGGGAGGAGAUGCGCCACGGACUGCCCCGUCCGCAGACACAGGCUUGAAAACGCCUGUGCGGUGUGUACUGACUGGAAGGCAGCAAUCCUCCAGUAUCACUCCAACCCUACAGGCAUGGUCUACUGGGGCAACAGUAAACCUAGUCUCUGGGCAGUGAGACACUGGGAAGUGGCCAAAGUGUACAUGCCGCGGGGACAGAAGGACGUGCACCAAGGGGCAAACCACAGUGACUGCACCGCCUUGCUCAACCUCAUGCACAACUGCAAGCAUUUCCACCAGUUUGUGACUCCAAUGACCGUGUCUGCGGUAAUAAAUGUAAGAAACCAGGUGAUGCAUUCGGUGGAUAUGCGGAUUCCCCAGGAGGAGAUGAUCGACUUUGUGGGCCGAAUCCUGGCCCUCUUACAGGAGCUGCAUCAUCUCGAGAAUGCUAAAUGGGUGGCAUGGAACGUACAGCAGAUAAAGUACACGUCCUUUGAGAUCGUGUUCCCCAAGGGCGACUGGCCAGAUGGGGACACGGUGGCGGCAGACGAUGACUCAGAGGAUGGGUGCCAGGAAGGGGAAAGGUUGCUUAAGCUGGAGCAGCAGCUGUUGAGAGAGCGCGUGCAGGAGCUGUGUGUAUCUGCGGAAGAGGACGGAUACUCCCCUUCACAGGAGGACAUACAGUGCAUGCAGAGCCUGAGGCCCCUAUUGCUGGGUGGAGGACCAGCCGGAGGCCUGGCCAAGGAGAUCAUUACGCUGCAGGCUCUGGCCGAGAGGUUUGGUGUGGCACUGACGGCUGAGCCCGACGGAAAAGCAGGCGUUUCCAAAGAAGCGGUGGCUUCAGGCGAGGGUUCGCUCCCACCCGGAGGGAACGGAGAGGGGCCCGCCGCUUCCCUUCCGCAGAGCGAGGAAGAGACAAACUCCAACCAGAGCGCGGUGGCGGCCGCCUCAAAACCCGAAACGGGUCAGGAACUGGAACCUGCAAGUUCGGAGGCCGAAGGUGUAAAGAAGUGAAGUGGCACAUCAUCAUCUCGCUUCGGUGGGGGCGGGGGGGGGUUCGAGCUUUUGCCCGUCAACAUUGGUGAAAAACCUCCCCCACUCCGUGCGAGAGACGUCUUCUGCAUUUGGCUUCCAAUUCGUGGCGAAAGACUUUUCUUUGCAAUGCAACCGGAGUGCUUUGUAAAUUCCAUUACUCACAUUUACUUAGCUCCAUCCCGAGAAUGAUGAGGCCACUUUUUUACGACGUGUGUGAUAUAAUCACGUGACAUGGGGGGGGGGGAGGGUGAUUCUGAAGUGUAUAUUUCAAGCAUUGGAUUGAAUCAAUAAUGUCCUUUUUAGCAGUCUUUGAUUUUUAUAUUCACGCUUGUUUACACGUAACUGUGUAAUGUUUACAAAAAUACAUUCCAAAUAAUGCAGUGUAGUGGGGGUUUUUUAAAACAUUUUUAUAAUUUUGAAAAUAAUUAUUUCCCGUAAAAAGAUUAAUGCAGAGUACAUAAUUUGACACUAUAAAACAAACCUUUACGGGUGGAUUUUACUCAGCAGUUGUGUUCAAGCGUUGGCGCUACCGAGCUCUGGUGGAGCACGAUUUAUCGAGGCGCACAACACCCUGCACACUUGGCAAAGCCCCGCGCGCCGACAACAAUCUGCACACCGACUCGGCAGCCUCCUAUCCACACACGGCCCUGCACGAACUGAAAUCCCUUUUCAACUGGCACAUCCGGUCCAUGUCAGCGCUUGGGGCUGGGGGGGGCCCUCAUGGUACGGGUAGCUUCCCACUGGAUAUUUGCCGGCCCAACUGGCCUUGCAAGACAUCUGAAUCUGGCUCGAGCUCGGGGGGGGGGGGGUGGGGGGGGGGUGCAAAGCAGAGCCAGGGGUGUAGGCAAUCGUUUUCUUUUUUACCUAGCUUGUAACAUCAGCAGCACCGGUCGUAUAAUGUGGUAAAGGAAAAAAAUGUACCUGUUGCUUCUGGAGCCGCGCUGGGCUCACUGAGCACAGCCCUGGCACGGCACAGGUGUGCAGUGGAAAAAGAGGUACGAGUAAUCUGCAUUGCACAUGAGGUGUGAGGUGUGUUUUUGUACUGUAAUAACCUUUGCAAGUAUUAAUGUGUUCUUUUUUUUAAAUCACCACUGUGGUAUUUUCAACGAAGAACGUACAUUAAUACCUGUCCAACCCAAUCGCUUAAGUAGUCAAGCUUCCCUCUUAGAAAAUGCAAUUUAUAAUACAAACUUUUAUAUCGCACUUCCUGUUCAAAUAUUGCAAUUGGUUGUUUUCCAUUUAAGGUAUUCAAACGAAAGUAUAAUACUGGAUGUAAUACAAAAAACAAACUGUAUUCUCUGUAUGAGCAAUGUCAUAUAACGAAGCCGGCUAAUGAGACAGUCUGUAAGUUGCUCUUGUAGAUGCAUAAUUGCUCCCCCAACUCGUGAUGGCGAGUGUGUUUAUCACAUUAAAGCCACGUGCUGCCAGCAUAACUCUGUACAUAAAUGUCGGUGAAUGCACAGAGGCACAGAGUUCAAUUCUUCUGGCUGCACCGGUCCAGGCUAGAGUCAAAUUGAUUAGCAACGUGUUAAUCUGCCAGUAGGAGUUCCCCAAAUAGCAGAUUUGACCGACAUUACCGUGAUGAUUAUGUAGGAAAGAGUAAUUUUCAUUGCGGCUUUUAAACAACUUUUUAAACCAUUAAACUAAACUAUUGAACGAUUACUCUUUGGUUCUAUUGGGUAAAGUCACGUAGGUGAAAAUAAAAUAACAAAAAAU